AUGAACCUCGCAUCUGAGCGACACAUAGCUCGCAUUCGCACGAGCCGUUUAUAUCAGGCUGCAGGGGCAGAGUCUCUGGCCGCGGACGAGACGAACAGCCCGGUGGAGGAUGGCGAGGCCGCCGAGAGGCCGGCGGCGCACGGCAAGCUGAUCCGCGUGGAGCUGGAGUGGGACGUCCCGAUGGCGGUGACGCUGCCCGUCGAGGUGCAGCUGGACCCGGCGCACCAGCCCUUCCCCUUCCUGGACACCACGCUGGCCGACCUGGGCAUCCAAGAGUCAGAGGUGAAGGAGAGGGUGGUGUGGGUGGACACAAAGAAGACGCAGGUGAAGAACAAAGCCGGAAAGCUGAAGGAGAAGGAGAUCACCAUCCUGGAGGUGAGGGUGAAAGCACAGAAACCAGGAGACAAACAGCUGCAGGAGGUGCUGUACAGCACGGAGGCCCACACCGACCGCUCCUUCUGCCGCACAGGGGUGGACAUUCUCCCCUGGAAGCAGAGGCACACAGGGGAGGACGGGCUGAAGCCUGUGGAGAUGACGAUGGCAUUAGACAUGGAAAACAAGCAGCCUGGCGGGACGGAGGCUCCGGGGCAGCGGGACAUCUGA